AUGAGCCGGGGUCAGACUCGCGACUGGAACAAGGAGAGAGUUGCCUUGGAUAGAAGAGGCUCGGACGGAGAGUAUGAUGUGUCUUAUCACAAGUCUCAUCGCAGUGAACGACCUGGGCCGAGCUACUACGGUCCGAACUUUUCCAAUGUCGAGAAUAAGCGCUCAGCAUCUUUGGCCUAUGGUGAUAUCAGGCACCCUGUGACGCCUGAUCGCUACGGCAAGCGCCCACAGCCAUAUACUUCUGAUGUGAAGAAGGACUAUAAUGAAUAUAAGAAGUAUGGCGAUCUAUAUUCAGAGACCAAGGCAAAGACGGACAGCAAAUAUAAGACUCUCCUCAAAACUCCGAGAAACGACGACCACUAUCGACAGAAUAUAGAAAUGGCUCGUGACCUUUCGCAUGACACCAGGCUGGCAGCUAACACUGCUGCUGCUUCCCGAUCUGGGUUUGCUCAUAAAUACCCAUAUGCGUACGACGGCCAGAAAGGAAAGGAGGGGCAUGAAAGAGCAAUUGAGACUCUUAGGGCUGGGGCCAAAAAUGCCUCGAAGGCAGAACGGAAGACGUCCAAAUUACUGGGACGGAACUAA